GGGGAAUUCAUGUGAAGGUGAGUGAAAGCAGGUGUGAGUGAACGCAACAAAAGGAAUCAUGGCUGCCAAAGUGUUUGAGUCCAUCGGAAAGUUCGGCCUGGCUUUAGCAGUUGCAGGAGGUGUGGUGAACUCUGCUUUAUAUAACGUGGAUGCUGGGCAUAGAGCUGUCAUCUUUGACCGAUUCCAUGGAGUACAGGACAUUGUAGUAGGGGAAGGGACUCACUUUCUCAUCCCUUGGGUACAGAAACCAGUUAUAUUUGAUUGUCGCUCUCAACCACGGAAUAUACCAGUCAUCACUGGUAGCAAAGAUUUGCAGAACAUCAACAUCACACUGCGUAUCCUCUUCCGGCCUGUAGCCAGCCAGCUUCCUCAUAUCUACUCCAACAUCGGCCAGGACUAUGAUGAGCGGGUGCUGCCAUCUAUCACCUCAGAGAUCCUCAAGUCGGUGGUGGCUCGCUUCGAUGCUGGAGAAUUGAUUACCCAGCGAGAACUGGUCUCCAGGCAGGUGAGCGAUGACCUCACAGAGCGAGCAGCCGCAUUUGGGCUCAUCCUGGAUGACGUGUCCCUGACACAUCUGACCUUUGGGAAGGAGUUCACAGAGGCGGUGGAAGCCAAACAGGUGGCUCAGCAGGAAGCGGAGACAGCCAGAUUUGUGGUGGAAAAGGCUGAGCAGCAGAAGGUGGCAGCCAUCAUUUCUGCUGAGGGGGACGCUAAGGCUGCUGAGCUGAUCGCCAACUCGCUGGCCACAGCAGGCAAUGGCCUGAUCGAGCUGCGCAAGCUGGAGGCCGCUGAGGACAUUGCAUACCAGCUCUCCCGCUCUCGAAAUGUCACCUACCUGCCAGUGGGGCAGACUGUGCCCCUCCAGCUUCCCUAGUGAGGUCACCCCUGCUUCACCUUCUCCGGACAAUCAGGCCAUGGUCUCCAACAUUUAGAACAACGCCUUCCUUCUACCCCACCCCAGAAAUCACUGUGAAAUUUACUGAUUGGCUUAAAGUGAAGGAAAUAAAAGUAAAAAUCAC